CCGCCGCGGGCGCGCGCCCCGCCAGCCCGGGGGCCCCCGCGGGGUGGCGAGGAUGACCGAAGGGGCGGAGGCGGCGGCCGCGCGGUGAGCGGAACCUGCAGAAGCCCUCGCUAUGGGGCCGCGCGCGCUCUCGCCCCUCGCCGCUCGGCCACUGAGGUGGCUGCUGGCGUGGGGCCUGCUGGGCCCGGUGCUCGCUGCCGGGCGGCCAGACUUUCAACAGACUGUACAUCUUUCCUCUUACGAAAUUAUAACCCCGUGGAGACUAACUAGAGAAAGAAGGGAAGCUCUGAGGCCCAACUCAAAGAAGGUCUCUUAUGUCAUCCAGGCUCAAGGAAAACAACAUAUUAUUCACUUGGAAAGAAACAUAGACCUUUUACCUGACGAUUUUGUAGUUUAUACCUAUGACGAGAAAGGCUCCCUGCUCUCUGACCAUCCCAAUAUACAGAAUCACUGUCACUAUCGGGGCUACGUGGAGGGCGUGCACAAUUCGGCGGUCGCUGUUAGUGCCUGCUCCGGACUCAGAGGAUUGCUGCAUUUCGAGAAUGCCAGUUUUGGAAUUGAGCCUCUGCAUAACAGCUCUCACUUUGAGCACAUAUUUUACCCAAUGGAUGAUGUCCCCCAGGAGCCGCUGAGAUGUGGGGUUUCUAACAGGGUCACAGAGAAGGAAGCCACAAAGGGUGAUGAGGAAGAGCAUCCAAGUGUGACCCAGCUGCUGCGGAGAAGAAGAGCUGUUCUCCCGCAGACCCGCUAUGUGGAGCUGUUCAUCGUUGUAGACAAGGAAAGGUAUGACAUGAUGGGAAGAAACCAGACUGCUGUGAGAGAAGAGAUGAUUCGCUUAGCUAACUAUCUGGAUAGCAUGUAUAUCAUGUUAAACAUUCGAAUUGUGCUAGUUGGACUAGAAAUUUGGACAGAUAGAAACCCGAUCAAUAUAAUCGGAGGUGCGGGCGAUGUGUUGGGCAACUUUGUACAGUGGCGGGAAAAGUUUCUCAUACCCCGUCGGAGACAUGACAGUGCACAGUUGGUUUUGAAGAAAGGCUUUGGUGGGACUGCAGGAAUGGCAUUUGUAGGAACCGUAUGUUCAAGGAGCCACGCAGGUGGGAUUAAUGUGUUUGGGCAAAUCACUGUGGAGACAUUUGCUUCCAUUGUUGCUCAUGAGCUGGGACAUAACCUUGGCAUGAAUCAUGAUGACGGGAGAGAGUGUUUUUGUGGAGCCAAGAGCUGCAUCAUGAAUUCAGGGGCAUCAGGUUCCAGAAACUUCAGCAGUUGCAGUGCGGAGGACUUUGAGAAACUAACUUUGAACAAGGGAGGAAGCUGCCUUCUUAACAUUCCAAAGCCAGAUGAGGCUUACAGCGCGCCCUCCUGUGGGAACAAGCUGGUGGACCCUGGGGAAGAGUGUGACUGUGGCACUCCGAAGGAGUGUGAGUUGGACCCCUGCUGUGAAGGAAGCACUUGUAAGCUCAAGUCAUUUGCCGAAUGUGCAUAUGGUGACUGCUGUAAAGAUUGCCAGUUCCUCCCAGGAGGCUCUAUGUGCAGAGGAAGAACCAGUGAGUGUGAUGUCCCUGAGUAUUGCAACGGCUCCUCGCAGUUCUGUCCGCCGGACGUCUUCAUUCAGAAUGGGUACCCUUGCCAGAACAGCAAAGCCUACUGCUACAAUGGCAUGUGCCAAUAUUAUGAUGCGCAGUGCCAAGUCAUCUUUGGUUCAAAGGCCAAGGCUGCCCCAAGAGAUUGCUUCAUUGAAGUGAAUUCUAAAGGGGACAGAUUUGGCAACUGUGGUUUCACCGGCAGUGAGUACAAGAAGUGUGCCACUGGGAAUGCUUUGUGUGGAAAGCUUCAGUGUGAGAAUGUACAGGACAUGCCAGUGUUUGGAAUAGUGCCAGCUAUCAUUCAGACACCUAGUCGAGGCACCAAAUGUUGGGGUGUGGAUUUCCAGCUUGGUUCAGAUGUUCCAGACCCAGGGAUGGUGAAUGAAGGCACAAAAUGUGAUACUGGAAAGAUUUGUAGGAAUUUCCAGUGUGUAAAUGCUUCUGUCCUGAAUUACGACUGUGACAUUCAGGAAAAAUGCCACGGCCACGGGGUAUGUAAUAGCAAUAAGAAUUGUCACUGUGAAAAUGGCUGGGCUCCCCCACACUGUGACACCAAAGGAUAUGGAGGAAGCGUGGACAGCGGCCCGACAUAUAAUGCAAAGAGCACGGCACUGAGAGACGGACUUCUGGUGUUCUUCUUCGUAAUCGUUCCCCUUGUUGCGGUUGCCAUUUUCCUCUUCAUCAGGAGAGAUGAACUGCGGAAAACCUACUUCAGAAAGAAGAGAUCGCAAACAUUUGAAUCAGAUGGCAGAAAUCAAACAAACGUCUCCAGACAGCCAGGGCCCCCAGGCGUCUCCAGACAGCCCGGGCCCCCGAGUGUCUCCAGACAGCCCGGGCCCCCAGGUAUCUCCAGACAGCCAGGGCCCCCAGGCAUCUCCAGACAGCCAGGGCCCCCCAGUGUCUCCAGACAGCCCGGGGGUCCUCAGCAUGUUUCUCCAGUUGCCCCAUCCAGAGACGCUCCUGUGCAUGCAAACAGAUUUCCAGUACCAACCUACGCAGCCAAGCAGCCUCCACAGUUUCCAUCAAGGCCACCUCCACCUCAGCCGAAACCAUCCUCUCAGGGAAGCCUGAUUCCUGCGCGGCCGGCUCCUGCACCUCCCUUAUACAGCUCCCUCACCUGAUGCCAGAGUCUUAUUUUCAAAAUGUCUUCAGGGAACUGAGUGAAUGCUUUCUGUUUUUGUUUCUGACGUUUUCUUGAAAAGCCUUUCUCUUCCUCCAACUCUGAAUGAACACAGACUACCACGUCACAAGCCCUAUUAACAUAGAAGCCGAGUGGGGAGUUGAGAAACACAGGAGGCUGCAGCCACUCCAGGGGAUUUCAGGUUAACAUUUCCAUCAUUGAAGUGUCGUCUUCAGCCAUUUGUGACUUUAAUGCCCUCAACGUGGAUUAAGUUAUUUUGAACAUGUUACUGUAAUGAUUCUCAAAUUAGCUGAAUUGGUUUAAGGUUUGUCAUUAUGUGCUUAAAUGUAAUCCUGACUUUUUGACCUCAGUUAUCCUUAAUGGUUUCUGGUUGAGCAUUUGAACUUGUAUUAACUUAGGAAAACUAACUGCCAAUAACCUCUGCAUUAUCAUCUUGCAUGAGUUAACAGCCAUUUAAUACAGACUCCUGUCUCCUUCCCACUACACAAAUAAGCAGAUAUCCCGACGAAGAACACACCAGAACCACAAUUUCUAGAUCAUGGUAUAAUCUCAAAGUAUGAAAUAAGGUGUGUAUUCAGAUAUUGGCUUCCAUUUUUUUAUGAUCUUUCAACAGUAACAGCUAUGAUAGAACUUGAUUUAACACAAUCAACUAUUGGCUUCCAUUUUUUUUUUAAUUUUCAACUAUAAUGACUAUGGUAGAAGCUGAUUUAAUACUAAAUUUUCUCUAUGCAUCACGGUAAAGCAGCGCAGUGGUGUUGCACAGUUUAUGGUACGGGUGUUCAGUACACCUACUCAGAAAGAUGUGGAAGGAGCAGGAGCGCGGAGAGUACCUCCCGCAGGUGAGCUGUUACAAAACCACUUGAGAAUUCAUGAGCACUUUAACUCUAAACUCUGAAUUUCAAGGCUUGAUAUUAAGUCAUUUAGAAUGUUUACAUUUACUAUGGUGUGCUGGAUCGUGUCUCUUUUGACUAAUAUUUUCAUAAAAAUUAGGCUGGAGAAAGGAAGGAAGAAAUGGUGUCCUUAGAUAACUACAGAAGUUAUGGCCUCUGAGUUACUAUCUCAGCUGUAUUAAAAUGAAUUUGUACUUUGAAAGGAAUGGUAUUGACACUAAAAUUUUAAACACUUAAAUUUUUUCAUAAUCUUUCAUAAAGAAGUUUAAUAAUAGGUAUAUUAACUGAAUUUCAUUAGUUUUUUAAAAUAAUAUUUUGGUUUGUGUAUAUAUACAUAUUAAAAUAAAAACAUUUACAACAAAUAAAAUACUUGAAAUUCC